ACUGCCAGCUUCUGCCAUCUACAAAAAAAAAUAAAAUAUAUAUUUCUUAAUCAACCACCAGGAAGCGACACUUUCUAGUGUCAAUAUUUUUUUUUUUUUAAUAUUAUUAUUAUUGCGUCAAUUUGUAAUGAAGAAUCAUAAUAAUUUGUGUUGAUUUUUCAACACCUGUCAACAAAUAAGAUAAACAUUAUCACCAAUAAAUAAAAAAAUAUGUCAGAAAAAUAUGACAAUCAAUUAAAAGUGAUAAUGUGUUAUGAAUUUUAUUAUUUUCUAUUAUUACCAAAUUAAAUUACAAAUAAUUUUUUGUGGUUAUAAUAAUUUAUUUUGAUACAAAAAAAAAAUAAUAUGACUUUUAGUCAAAAAUUUAUAAAUUAAAACUAUUUAAAAUGAAUAAAUUACGUUCAGGAAUUGAAUAUUCACCUCUUCUUGGUACUGAAACAUUAAAUUAUCGUUUUGUAAUAUCAUUUACAAAGCUAGCAUGGUUUACAGCUGGUUUGCCAUUUUUUGGUUUUAUAUUUUGUGUAUUAUGGUCAAUAAUAUUUGAUUUUGAACAUGCAACAUUUACACAUUGUGAGGUUUACAAUAUUUUACCAUCAGUAUCAGCAGCCAUAGGACACUACAGACCUCAAAAUGACAUUUGGAAAAUUGUCAUUGCAGCUCAAGCUUUUAUUAGAUCAAUUGUUCUUAUGAUGUAUUAUUAUUACUACAACGAAAUUAUAUCAAAAUCAGCAAAAGGAUUAACAAACAUAACACUUUUAUCUUAUACAAUUGAAAAUAUAUCUCUAGUCACACUGAGCUUCUGGACAUCAAAUGAUAAUUAUGCUUUUCAUAAAUUUUCAUUUAUAUCUUUUUUAAUUAUGUCGCUGAUCCACAUGUCAGCAUCAUGUUAUUUAGUUAAAAAUUGUAGAAAUUCAUUUAGAGAUGCCAAUGAAACAAAAUCAUAUGCAAUCAAGAUACGAGCAUUGACAUGGAACAUUGUGUCAAUAUUUUUAUCAUGUUAUUUUUUCUGGAGACAUAAUCAGUAUUGUGAACCAUUUGUAUAUUCAAUGUUUGCACUUUGUGAAUACAUGGUGGUUAUAUCAAACAUGGGAUUUCAUGUAACAGCUGCAUGGGAUUUUGCUGGAAGAAGUCUCAUGAUAUCAACAAGAGGAUUGCGAAUAAUUUAAAUAUAAUUGUUUAUUAUUAAUUUCAUGUAAAUAAUUGCGAAAAAUUUAUUUCUUUUUUAGCUUAAUAAAAAAUGUUUAU